AUUAAAAUUACGAACCUAUACUGGGGAGGCUGUUCCAGUUUUAGGAUUUGUGACUGCAACGGUGGGUUACAACAAACAAAAAAAGACCCUACCCCUGUACAUCAUUGCAGGAAACCGCCCAGCUCUAUUCGGCCGCAGCUGGCUGGAAGAACUCAGAUUAAACUGGCAAGAAGUUUUACUGGUGAAUGAUAGUACCACUGGUUCCCUGCGGGAGGUUUUGGAGAAGCAUUCCAACGUUUUUGAUGGUGAACUUGGCAGCAUGAAGGACAUAACAGUUAAAUUGACCAUAAAACCAGGAAGUAUGCCAAAGUGUCUGAAGGCAAGGCCAGUUCCCUAUGCAAUCAAACCGAAGGUAGAGGCUGAAUUAGACCGGCUGGUUGAAAGUGGAGUACUGGAACAAGUUAGAACGAGUGACUGGGCCACACCAAUUGUUCCAGUAAUAAAAAAAGACGGGUCUCUCAGAAUCUGUGGUGAUUUCAAGGUCACUGUAAACCCUGUCUUAGCUGCUGAGCAGUAUCCAUUACCCUUGAUCGAUGACAUUUUCUCAGGUCUGGCUGGAGGUCAAAAGUUUAGUAAGAUAGACUUAUGUCAGGCUUACCUCCAGAUGCAUGUUGUCCCAGAGUCUCAGGAACUGCUGACGAUAGUUACACACAAGGGCCUAUACAGGUAUAAGAGGCUCCCUUUUGGAAUUACAUCUGCUCCAGCCCUGUUUCAAAGAGCCAUGGAACAAAUCCUGAGUGGCCUCCCUGGUGUCCAAUGCUACUUGGAUGAUCUUCUCAUCACGGGGGUCGAUGACAAGACACACUUACAGAACCUGGAAGCUACAUUGCAGAGACUGGAAGAUUAUGGCCUGAGAGUUCGGCGAGACAAAUGUGAAUUUUUCAGAUCCUCAGUUGAAUAUUUGGGCCAUGUUAUUGACAGUACCGGACUGCACAAAGCGCCAUCCAAAGUAAAGGCCAUCACAGAAGCGCCCUCCCCGGAAGACGUGACCCAGCUGAGAUCAUUUUUGGGCCUUCUCACAUAUUAUGCAAGAUUUGUGCCUAACCUGGCCAAUAAGCUCAAGCCAUUACACGAGCUGCUGAAUAACACCAAGACAUGGGAAUGGACAGACAGGUGUGAGGCAGCAUUCAGGGAAGCCAAAAUGGCUCUGUGCGACUCGGAUGCCCUCAUACAUUUGGAUCCCAAAUUACCCAUUCAGUUGGCCUGUGAUGCGUCACCCUAUGGUGUUGGCGCUGUGGUGUCACAUAUAUUACCAUCGGGGGAAGAGAGGCCAAUCGCUUUUGCGUCACGCACCUUGAGCCAAGCAGAAGGAAGAUACGCCCAAAUUGAACGGGAAGCAUUGGCGAUAGUAUUUGGCGUGAAGAAAUUCCAUCAAUAUCUCUUUGGCAGAAAAUUCACUUUACUGACGGACCACCGACCACUCACCUCUAUUUUUGGCCCCCACACUGGAAUCCCUUCGUUAGCUGCCAGCCGCAUGCAGCGAUGGGCUUUACUUUUGUCCGCACAUCAAUAUGACAUUAAAUACCGUAAGGCAGAUCUGCACGGAAAUGCGGAUGGACUGUCUAGGCUGCCAUUGUCAGUCACACACACAGAACCAAAGCCGGCUGAAAUCUUUUAUUUCAAAGAUGUGAUGUCAACUCCAGUAACAUCAGCUCAUGUGAAGAAACACACUCGGGCUGACUCGGUUCUGUCGGAAGUGGUGGACAUAAUCACCCGAGGAAGGAGGGGUAUCAUGACCAACAGUCUGAAACCAUAUCUGGUGAGGAGAAAUGAGCUAUCAGUCCAGGCAGGAUGCCUACUGUGGGGGUACCGUGUCAUUAUUCCACCACCACUAAGAGGGAAAGUGCUCGAUGAGCUCCACUCAGGGCACGGUGGAGUGGUACGAAUGAAAGAGAUUGCACGAAGUUACUUUUGGUGGCCGGGGCUGGAUGCAGCUAUAGAGGAGAAGGCAAAAUCAUGUCAUGACUGUCAGAAACUGAGAAAUCUCCCACAGCUGGCCCCAUUACACCCCUGGUCCUGGCCAGAAGAGCCAUGGCAAAGAGUUCACAUAGACUUUGCAGGGCCACUAGAGGGCAGUAUGUUUCUAGUGGUGGUAGAUGCCCACAGUAAGUGGCCAGAGGUUGCGGUAAUGAAGAACACCUCCACAGAGAAAACGAUCGAAGAACUACGGAACAUGUUCAGUCGCUUUGGCUUACCACAACAACUUGUUAGCGACAACGGGCCACAACUGGUGUCUGAAGAGUUCAAGGCAUUUAUGGAAGAGAAUGGCAUUCAUCACAUUAAAUCUGCACCAUAUCACCCAGCUACAAAUGGGCUGGCUGAAAGAUUUGUCCAGACCAUGAAGCAAGCUCUCAAGUCUACACAUGGCACUCGGUCACUUAACCAGCGCCUCAGUGCUUUUCUGCUGUCAUAUCGGAACACUCCUCACGCUACCACAAAGGUGUCUCCAGCCUCAGCCUUAAUCAAAAGACAGCUUCGUACACGCCUAGAUCUUCUGAGACCUCUGAGGACUAAAGAGGUUGUUCACAGUCAGCAGAGAGCCCAGGUCGACAGAAGAGCUAAAGCACGGCUGCGGACCUUCACGGCUGGGGACCAUGUUCUUGCUCGGAACUAUGCCAGGGGAGAUAAGUGGAAACCAGCGACUGUUUUGGCAAAAACAGGGCCUGUGUCAUACACGGUAGAAACCAGUGACCACCUCGUAUGGCGGCGUCAUACCGACCAACUGCUCCACGCAUCUGGUUCCAGUAAUGACCCGACUGUUGCAACAUCUUCAGUUCCUGACCUCGACAUCUACCCAGAUCAACACCUGGGUGAAUUCCAGAUUCCACCAGUAGAUGGGGAGGUUCCCCCACCUACAGGCGAGCCUGAGCAGAGUACACCACCGCAACCAGAAGGCAAGACCAGUGCCAUUCCUGUGGGUCGUACUUAUCCCAAAAGAGACAGACGACCCCCUGAUAAACUCUCCUAUUAGUCUAGCGACUGACCCACGACGAUGGGGCACAAUAAUCCCCAGGGUUCAGUCUGGGAAUUGAGGCAGUCUACCCUCUUUCCCUAGCUAGGGAAAAUAUUUAAUUAAUAGGCCUACUGUUAUUUGUUACCAGUUAUACACCUUGAAAUAGAGAGUGGCUUGUUUUCUAAAUGUGGGACAUUAAAGUAAAGGGGGAGGGAUAUGUUAUGUAUUGAUGGGUUAAGUUUGUCCCACUGUUCUUUCCGUCCACUCCCUACGGCAGUCUGCCUGUUACUUUUCUGUAUGCAGAUUCCCGGGUUAUUCAAUACAGAAGCAUGUACCCUACUUCAGGUCUCCUGUGUCCUUAAUCUUAUGUGAAUAUGU